GAGAUAUUGGCAGACAGUCAGAAAAAUUGUCCGAAUAUGUUAUAUUUAUAUUAGUCAGAUCAGCUGAUUAACAUGAACUCGAACCGAAAUGUUUGUUUGUAGUUCAUUUUUUCACGGAAUGAAGUGUUAUAGUUUAUCUGGUGUUUGAAUGAAAUGAUCUUGACGAAGGAAUGGCUACGUCUAAGGAAGUUGAAGGAAAAAUAUGGCCACAAGUUUUGGCCAUUCUCUUCGGUUCUUUAGCUCCUGUCAGCAACGGUUUAUUCUUCUGUUGGCCAUCACCCUUCAUACUGAAGAUAUCCAAAGACAAGGAAAACUAUGACAUAACUGAGAAACAAGCAUCUUUCUUCACGGUCAUUCCAUCGGUAGCAAUGAUGAUAUCUUGUAUAUUCUUCUCCAAACUGAGUGAUAUAAUUGGAAGAAAGCCUACUUUGUUGCUGAUAGCUGUUCCCCACACACUGUCUUGGAUACUAAUAGCAAUGGCGAAAAGUGUGUAUGUCUUCUAUGCAGCUAGAUUAUGUUCUGGAAUCGCAGAUGGGAUUUUCUUCGCUACCUUGCCUUCGUAUAUAGGAGAGAUAUCUACUCCGAAUGUGAGGGGUACUUGGGGGAAUGCAAUGACCUCAUUCUUAUACUUCGGCAUGUUCCUCAUCAAUGUCAUCGGAAGUUUCUUCAGUGUGAAACAGACAGCUUACAUUUGCUUACCAAUACCUAUAAUUUUCUUCUCGUUGUUCAUAUUCAUGCCCGAAUCUCCUUACUUUUGCAUGAUGAAGGGAAGAUAUGACGAUGCCAGAAAAUCUUUGAAGAGACUGGGUUUGAAGAGAGACAUCGAAGAGGACUUCUUGAAGCUGAAGGCUGAUGUGGAGCGUCAAAUGUCGGAGUCGGGAUCUUGGAAGGAUCUUUUCAUGGUACACAGUAACAGACGAGCUCUGAUUGCAGGAACUUUCUUAAGAGCAUCGCAGCAAUUCGGUGGAAUCUCGGUACUAGUGAUAUACAAUCAAUUCAUCUUCGAGAAAUCUGGAACGAAUAUCAACAAAGAAGUGUCUUCCAUAAUAUACAUGGCACUGUGUUUCUGUUUGAAUAUUUGUGCUGGGUAUACAGUGGACAAACUAGGUAGGAGAAUUUCCUACAUGUGGUCUGCAGGACUGUGUUCUAUAGUAUUGCUUUUGGAAGCUGUGUAUCUUUAUCUGGACCAGAAUCAUCCUGAACUUGAAGUGGGUGUAGUGAAGUGGAUGCCAUUACUUGGUAUGAUCCUGUACAUUAUUUUCGGUUCAUUUGGUUUAGGAAUCAUUCCAACCCUGAUGUUGGGAGAGCUGUUCUCUGCUAGUAUUAAGGGAAAAGGCAUGACUGUUCUUAUGUUCGUCUUUUGCAUAACAGUGUUUUCAACAAACAGCAUAUUCUAUGCUUUGAAUUCUAAAAUCGGGUUGUAUGCGCCUUUUUUGUUCUUCGGGUUGAGUAAUAUGGUGGCAACAGUAGUGGCGUAUCAUUUGGUUCCAGAGACCAAAGGAAAGACUCUAGAAGAAAUACAACAGUUACUGAAGGGGAAAAUGAAUCAUAAUAAUCUUCAGGGUGAUAUUAGAAUAACUACAUAUAAUUCAACCCCAAGUAGGGUUCGAAUGGCAGAAAUAGGGAGCAUAUCAUGAUUCGGGGCUUUCAAUAACUGAUUUGAAGUGGUGUAAUUUUUCAAUUUUCUUCCAAUUUUCAAGAUGUUAUUCUUUGUUGAUUAGAGACUUCGGAAAUA